AUGCACUUGACCCUUACCAAUAUCGCGAAGACCGCCUUCACCGGAGGUUACCGUGACAAGAAUGCAGCAACCCACCAUGAUGAAGAUGAUCACAGAUACAUUCGAGGCGACAUCGAGACUCGCGGCCCAUGUCCCGGAUUGAAUGCAUUGGCGAACCAGGGCUACCUACCACGAGACGGGAAGAACCUGACCAUUCCUCAAGUCCAACACGCCCUCGAGACCGCCUUGCACAUGUCCCCACUCGCCGCCGCUUCGCUGUGCAGCAGUCUUCCACCGUUGGUGCGCAAGGACGGCACGUUCGACCUCGUGGACACUCGCCGGCACAACGUCAUCGAGCACGACUCCUCCUUCACCCGACUUGACUUCCAUCAGGGCGACAACUACACCUUCCAGCCAGAUAUGCUGCAGGCCAUGAUCGAUGAUGCGAAUGGAGGACCAGUGACCCUGCGAUCCUUGGCCAAAACAUUCAUCCGCCGGGACAAGGAGAGUCGUGCUGCGGGAGCUCCAAGAUUGCCCUUGAAUCUCUGGUUUGUGCGGGUGUUGCAAGCAGUUGGGGUGAUGAACACGGCUCAGACUGGUGGAAUCUUGACCAAGGAAGUGUUGCAUGCCGUGUUCGCCGAGGAGAGAUUUCCGGAGAUCAUUCUCGAGAACCCAACACCGAGGACUGUCUUGACUUUGCUUGGGAAUGCGUUGGGGAUGAUGCGAUAUGUCAUCUUUGGGCCUUAA